AUGAAGAUCAUGCCCUUCACCCUCCUGGCCAGAAUCAUCAUCAUCAUCAUCAUAACCAUUAUCAUUAUCAUUGUAAUAUCCAGCAACACCACGCUUGCAAAGUUCAUAGCUCAGCCGAAUCAGGUGGUGGCAGCUCAGCUUGGAGACACCGUCACUCUCCCCUGCUUCUGUCCCGAAGAGGACGUGUCCUCGGUCGCCUGGUUCAAGCAAGCUGUCAGACAGAAGCCUGAGCUCAUUGCAACAUCACAGAAUUAUGUUCCAGAAGCCAUAUUCUUCAAUGAAUUUAAAGACAGCAAACGGCACAGAGCACAGAAAAAACACGGGUUCUUUAACCUGACGGUCUCACAAACACAGCCAUCAGAUUCUGCAAGGUACUACUGCUCAGCGACGUUCAUGAAUGAGAUCGAGUUUGGAGAAGGAAUCCUUUUAAUACUGCUGGGUUCAGAGCUGAAGAGCAGGACAAUAAUACAGCAGCCUGUGUCUGAGCCAGUGCAGCCAGGAGACUCUGUGACUCUGCAGUGUACAAUAGACACUGAGACCUGUGCAGGAGAACACAGUGUGUACUGGUUCAGACAGGGCUCAGGAGAGUCCUCUCCAGGAAUCAUUUACACCCAUGGAAACAGGAAUGAUCAGUGUGAGAGGAGCUCUGGGGCUGGGUCUCCUACACAGAGCUGUGUCUACAAGCUCCCCAAGAGGAACCUCAGCCUCUCUGAUGCUGGAACUUACUACUGUGCUGUGGCCACCUGUGGGGAAAUCCUGUUUGGGAACGGGACCAGGCUGGAGAUAGAAGGGAAUGACUGUAAUGCACAGCUGACCGUUCUGGUCGGGCUCUCCAUCCUAAGGACUGGAGUUCUCAUCUGCUUCAUGCUGCUACUCAUCCUCCUCUACCAUCUCAGCAAUACUGGCUGA